UAUCGAUUUGACAUUUGUCGAUCAACAAUCUGUAAAAAUACUUCCUGGUAUCUUUUUAUAAUUUAUAUUUACAAUAUUAAUUUAAUUGAAACUGUGCUCAAGAAACAAUAUCACUAAAGUUCAAUAUUUUAUUUAAUAAAAAUGACGACCGCAGCAAGACCUACAUUUGAUCCAGCUAGAGGAGGAUCAGGCCGUGGAGAAAAAGAUUUGAGCGCAAUAUCGCGUCAAUAUUCCAGCAGAGAUUUACCAGGACAUACAAAAUUAAAAUACAGGGAACAAGGACAAGGUACCAUCGAAGAACUUCGUGGACGUGAUUUUCGUAAAGAAUUAGAAGAGAGAGAAAAAGAACAGAAUCCAAAUAAGGCACGAGCUCGAGCAAUUGAUGAAGGAAGGAAAAGGCAAAAAGUAGAUCAAGUACCAGUAACAAGCUUAGAUGCCGAUGAUCCCGUUGAUGCAGAUUCUUCAGAUUCUGAUAGUGAUAGCGAAGAUGAUACUGCUGCUUUAUUAGCAGAAUUAAAUAGAAUUAAGAAAGAAAGAUCACAAGAGCAAGCAAAAAAAGAAAUGGAAAGACGACAAGAAGAAGAAAGAAUUAGAAUGGAAAAUAUCCUUAGCGGAAAUCCUCUGUUGAAUUAUUCCAGUAACGCUCCAAAAGAAGUUCUUAAGGUUAAAAGGAGAUGGGAUGACGAUGUGGUUUUCAAAAACUGUGCUCGAUCUGAACCAGAAAAGAAAAGUAGUUUCAUAAACGAUUCGCUAAGAUCAGAAUUUCAUAGAAAAUUUAUGGAAAAAUAUGUUAAGUAAAUUUAAUUUAUGUUUAUAGUUUUAACUGAAUCUGUAUAAAUUUAAUCAAAUGAAUUUAAAGUUUCCCUCAAAUGAAAACAAAUUUUGUAUGUAUUGAAUAUGUGACCUGAAUAAACACAAAUAAA